AUGGAGGUGUUUGGAAUGGGACCAGAGAUUCCUAUCCGUUUGCAUCCGAAAUAUUUCGGAAUAUAUCUCUACAACAGAAAGCAGAAGCACCUAGUUGUCCAAGGAAUUCAUGAUUACCUGUAUGCAUUUUUCGGAUCGUCAUCAAUUGAUUAUGAGGUCAAAUCUGAACACGGGCUGCCACCAAGUCUGAAAAACAUCAAAAGAACUUGCAUUAAUGUACCAAAAAAUACGACAGCGGAAGAGUUGGAAGCAUGUUUCACCGCUUCUCCGAAUCAAGAAAACAUUCAACUCGAUGGUGAUUUUGAUGGAAAUUUAUGUCCAAACUCCGCAAUUCUUGGAGCUGAACACUUGAGAAUCAUUUCCAAUAAAGGUCAUGGAGAUGAGAUUCUUCUUGGUUUUAGAGGAAAACGGCUUAAUUGUGACUGCCCUUUCCAUGAUGCCACUAUUGUUCAAUUCCUAAAUGAAUGGAAAUCAAACCGAGGAUUCCAUAACCUGGAGUCUCUGAUAAUAAACUCAAUAAGGUCUAAAAACUACGACGCUGCAGAUCUUUUAAAAGAUAUGGAUGUCAAACAGCUUGAUCGACCACAAGAUACACUUCAUCUCACUUGGCAAACGAGCCGUUCGUAUACCUUUCCGAUCACAUCAUUUGUUCCUGUGAAGUCGUGGAAGUCUGGUUUUUCGUCUCGUGACUACUUGAUAAGAGACGGUGAUGGAGAAAAAGCUUCUGUAUCAAUCGAGAAUCAUUUUGUUUCUUUCGCUCUCUGGAAUGGGAAUUCGUGUGAAAUGGAAAAUAUAAAUGAUUGA